CCGGUCGCCUCGACUUGCGACAUGAUCCACAUCAACACAGAACAAAACAAAACUGUUCUCAGAAUCAAUCGAAACUGAUAUUUGCAUGAUGGCCUGUGGUUCUGGGUGCUGCGCUCCCCCAGAGGCCACGUCCACACCGCCGCCACCACGGCAACAACCCCGCAACGCACGCGCCGACUCCACGGGCGAAGAAUCGCCUGACCAAGCUGACGGUUGCUGCGGCGCUGAGAAUGGCAGGGUCUCUGAGGACUCCCGCGACGAGGUAUGCUGUGUUGGCGAGGGUUCUGGUUCGCCCCAGUCGGCGCCAGCAGUGGUUGCAGCCACCUGCAAGGACGCCUGCUGCGCCUCGGAUGAGGAGCAGCCCAGAGAGGCUACUGGGGCUGGACCGACAGACACCUGCGGCGGCGGUUGCUGCUCGGGAGACGGGCCCUCGAGGAAUGCCAAGUCCAAGGCUGCUGCCACUUGCGAGGAUGCCUGCUGUGCCGGCGACGACGCCGUGGACAUGGCCAAGUCUGACUGUGGGCCUUCGUCCAAGGAUGGUUGCUGCGACGACACGAAGCCCGAGCCUGAGGACCCCAAGAAUCCAAGCUGCUGUAAGGGGAAGUCUAGCCCAUGUUGCGAUACAUCCUGCCUGGACCGCCUUGCUGCUCGCGAGUGCAUGGGUCAGUCUGUAGAUCCGUCCUCGGAUGGCGCCUGCGACAAAGGGCGGGACGGCAGGCCAUGUGGCCAGCACAGCCAAUCGACUCGCCAGAAGUAUGCGGCCAAGCUAGAGGCUCUCGGGUGCCUCUGUCGGGCCCUGCUUGCGAUGGGCCAGGAUUCAUGCUGCCCUCCGCCCAAGAGGUCGUCCCUCGAGCGAAGGCGCUGCUCUGAGCGGUCACCGUCGGCCACCCGCAGGUCCGUCGACUCGUGCUGCGCUACCGGCGCUGCCACAGCGAGCUCCCUCACCAUGCGACCCAGGGCCAAGGGCAAGCCGUGCGCUCAGGACGCAGGCAAGAAGCCUCCAAAGGACGACUGCGCGGGCGGUGACUGCUGUGCCACAAUCACGACAACCACUCGUCUUUCAGUUGAUAGCAGACGCACCAAGCAGCGCAAGCAUGGCAACGAACAGCCCGUUGACCUCGAGACUGGACUUUCGGGCAAAGAGCAUGUGAUACUGAGCAUCUCUGGCAUGACCUGUACUGGGUGCGAGACGAAGCUCAAGCGCACUCUCGCAAGCCUCGACUCGGUCAAGAACCUCAAGACAAGCCUCGUUCUCUCCAGAGCCGAAUUCGACCUGGACCCAGGCACUGGUUCUGUAGCAGACGUCGUGAAACACCUCGAGAGAACCACCGAAUUCAAAUGUGAGCAGGUCACCAACAAGGGCACUACCGUCGAUAUCAUAACCCCCAGUGACUCACUCAUAUUUGUCAAUGAGAGUUGGCCACUGGGGGUUACUGAUGCCACUGUCGUCAGCCAAAAUGUCAUGAAUGUCGCCUUCGACGCCAAGAUCGUAGGAGCUCGAGACCUUCUAGAGAAGGGAUGGGACGCCCCGAUGAAGCUUGCACCUCCCCGGGGGGACCAAAGCCUGGCCGCCAGCAGCAGACAUGUCCGGAAUGUCGGGUUGAGCACCCUCCUCUCCGCCACCCUCACUAUCCCUGUGCUGGUACUCGCGUGGGCUCCUCUGCCAGAGAGACAGCUUGCCUACGGGUCUGCGUCCCUUGCACUCGCGACGCUGGUCCAGGUUGUGAUUGCCGGGCCGUUUUAUCCAAAGGCCCUCAAGGCACUCAUAUUCUCCAAGGUCAUUGAGAUGGAUCUGCUCAUCGUCUUGAGCACCUCUGCUGCCUACAUCUUCUCAGUCGUGUCUUUUGGCCACCUCGCCGCUGGCCGGCCACUACCAACUGGCGAGUUCUUCGAGACCAGCACUCUCUUGGUGACUCUCAUCAUGGUAGGGAGGUAUCUGGCAGCUCUGGCCCGCCAAAAGGCGGUCGAGUCCAUCUCCAUCCGGUCCCUACAGGCACCUACAGCUAUUCUGGUCGGACAUGAGGAGCGCGAGGUGGACGUCAGGCUUCUCCAGUAUGGAGACACCUUCAAGGUUUUGCCUGAUUCUAAGAUCCCCACGGACGGCACAGUAAUUUCUGGGUCUUCCGAAGUCGAUGAGUCGAUGGUUACUGGCGAAUCGAGGCCCGUCGAGAAAUACAACAAAUCCGCUGUCAUCGCUGGGUCGAUCAACGGGGCAGGCACCCUGAUCGUGAGGCUGAACCGACUGCCAGGCGACAAUACCAUCAGUGCCAUUGCGAACAUGGUCGAUCAAGCCAAGCUUUCCAAGCCCAAGAUCCAAGAAAUCGCCGACCGUGUCGCCUCCUACUUCGUCCCUGUGAUCAUCACUCUCACCAUAAUAGUGUUCUGCAUCUGGAUUGCAGUUGGUAUUUCAGUACAGGGCAGGUCUGGAUCUGACGCUGUGAUCCAGGCUGUGACAUACGCAAUCACAGUCCUCAUCGUCUCUUGCCCUUGUGCCAUCAGCUUGGCAGUUCCCAUGGUCAUUGUUAUCUCGAGUGGCGUGACUGCUGAGAGAGGUGUGAUCAUCAAGUCUGCCCAUCCACUAGAAGUCGCCUAUAAGGCCUCUCAUGUGGUCUUGGAUAAGACCGGGACGCUUACGCAAGGGCAGCUCACAGUCGCACGCGAAUUAUGGUUGGGAGACCAGACAGAACUUGCUAAGUCGAAGUCAUUGCUACUGAACCUACUGCUCAGCAACAAGCAUCCCGUGUCUGCGGCCGUCGCUGCACGGCUCCAAUCGACAGGCGUCAUUCCCACAGACAAGACACUGGAUGCAACCACAUUGACUGGGAAAGGCGUUGAGGCUACCACAUCCUCAGGCUCCGUGCUCCGUGCCGGCAACUCUCGUUGGCUCUCCCUCAGCCAGGACUCUCGGGUCCAAUCCGUCCUCUUGCAAGGCCACACAACCUUCUGCUUCACGGUAGACGAUUCGCUGGUGGCAGUCUUCGGCCUGCAGGACUCACUCCGGAUGGACUCCGUGGAAACUGUCGAACAGCUGCACAAACGGGGGGUUGCGGUCCAUGUCAUCUCUGGUGAUGACGAUGCCGCUGUGCAUUUAGUGACGAGCCAACUGAGCAUUCCGGACGACCGCGUCCGGUCUCGUUGCACCCCCGCCGAUAAACAAGCUUAUAUUCAAGACCUCCUCUCGGAAAUGCCUCGCGGCAAGUCAUCUUCCACCGUCAUAUUCUGCGGCGACGGUACCAACGACGCCAUCGCCCUGGCUCAGGCGACCGUUGGCGUGCACAUGAACAACUCGAGUGCUACCGAUGUGGCUAAGUUUGCGGCUGACGUGGUUUUGAUGCGGCCUAGCUUGGCUGGGAUUCUCACCCUGAUCAAUGCCAGCGAGAAGUCCAUGGGCAGAAUCGCAUUCAAUUUUGGCUGGAGCUUUGUCUACAACAUUUUUGCGAUCUUGCUGGGCGGCGGGGCCUUCUCUGCUCUUCACAACGCCAGGAUCCCGCCCGAGUUUGCCGGACUUGGCGAGCUGGUCAGUGUUGUGCCUGUAAUCGCUGCCGCCAUGCUACUUAGGUGGGAAAAGAUCUAGGGCAGACUGUUUGUCAUCCGGCGUUCCGGUGCUUCAACACGUGUACUUUGCGACUGACGCAUUCAACAUGCGCCGAUGAUGUGUGUGCCUUCCCGGGUCAAGGGCAAGAUGCGGGGCGAGCUUGGAUCAUGUCUGGUUUAUGGCAGCUACCAGUUUGCUUCGUGGAUGUGAAGUCUUGGGCCGAGGGCGGCAAAUUUCCUUUCUAUGUCGCCCAAUCUGUUUCAGUAAUUCGCGCUAGUUUCCCCGAAGAACAUACCAAGAAGCAAUAUAACGCGGCUCCUUGGG